AUGCGACAAUCGUGGGCCUCCUCGAUCGACCUCGCGUCCGGUCGAGUCACAGCUACAGAAAUCCUACAACCGGGUCUUUCCAUCGGGGUCAAAGGCGGUAUAAUUGUUGCCAUUGCUUUGUCUCUCCCAGCAGGUCCUGAAACCAAGGUCAUAGAUGCAGAGGGCGCUUAUGUGACCCCGGGCGGCGUGGACACCCACGUUCAUCUUCACCAGGACAAUGCUCCCACCGGCGACAAAUGGCUUACGGGAUCGCGUUCCGCCCUGGCUGGCGGCAACACCACGAUUCUUGCGUUUGCUUCCCAGAAGCGGACGGACGAAUCGUUGUUUCCUGUGGUCGAAGAAUACCACAACAGGGCGCGAGACCAGUCCUACGUCGAUUACGGAUUUCAUUUGAUUUUGACCAAGCCAACAGAGUCGAUCCUGGAAAACGAGCUGAAGGUCAUGGUCGAGCGAGAAGGCAUAACCAGUGUCAAGCUCUACAUGACCUACCCAGCCAUGAAGCUUGGAGACGGAGAUAUGCUGGAGAUCAUGAUGCAAGCGAGACAAUUGGGAAUGACAACCAUGAUACAUGCAGAGAACAGUGACGUGAUUGACAUCAUCACCAAGCGUUUGCUCAAAUACCACCACACUCAACCCCGAUACCAUGCAAUCGCCCGACCUCAAAUCGCCGAAUCUGAAGCAACGAACCGGGCCAUCGCGCUAGCAACAGUUGCAUCAACCCCAAUUCUGAUCGUCCACAUGUCCUCGCCCAUCGCGCUCUCUCACGCCCGCAAAGCACAGUCCAAGGCCCUGCUACCGGUGCAUGCCGAGACGUGUCCGCAUUACAUGUACCUUUUGUCAUCAGAACUCGCGGCGACAAGUAUCACGAUGCAUGACGAGCAUGGCCACAGUCACGAAACAGAGGACGAGUGGGCCGGAUCACGGCACAUCUGCGCCCCUCCGUUGCGCCACUCCGAAGCUGACCUGCAGAGUGUAUGGGAUAGUGUGAACAAUGGCACCAUCACCGUCAUAUCGUCCGACCAUGCUCCCACCCUGUACAACUCUUCUGGUGGGAAGAGAAAACCUCUGAUAGACGCGAAAGCCACCAAUUCCGUGCCCACGUUUGUGCAGGUCCCCAAUGGUCUGCCUGGCGUCGAAACAAGGCUCCCAGUCUUGUUCUCUGCGGCAACUAACCCUUCAGCUCCGGCGGGAAGACGGUUGUCGCUGCCCAGGUUUGUGGAACUCACGUCGACGAACCCGGCAAAGAUGUACGGUCUGGCGGGCAAAAAGGGGAGUAUUGCGCCCGGGUACGAUGCUGAUCUAGUUAUCUGGUAUCCGAGUGGUCAUAACGAUGCUGAGUUGAUCAUCUCGAAUGAUGUGCUGCAUCAUAGUAUCGACUAUACGCCGUUCGACGGCAUCAAGGUGUGCAACUGGCCGAGAUAUGUGAUGUUGAGGGGCGAGAUGAAAUGGAAUCGAGACGUGGAACUUAGCGAAGGACAUGAAAAGGGCAUCCUGGGGCAACCCUCCGACGGGCAGUACUUGAAAAGAGGUAAAGGUCAAGUACUAGUGGGCAGGUUGGGUCAGACGCCGCCAGGGAUGAAGGAGGGAGAACAGAAUGAAUGGAUGGAGAUGGUGCCGUAA